AUGAUUUGGAAACAGCCCCCCCGUCGAAUGGGCGAAAUGGGCGGCUCUCUUUCACGGCGCUUUGGAAACGCAGCUGCGAGCUGGGCUGUCUGGCGGGUUUCACGAAGCUGCUUCUCACUUCUCUUCUUCUUCUACUUCUUCCUCUUCUUCUCUUCUUCUUCUCUUCUUCCUACAACAAACAACUACCAGCAUCUUCAGCUUCACAGUCUAAUACCUACUCUUAAUACUACUGCACAUCUACCACACCAACAAGCAUCAUCAGCCAGCAUGAAGGCCUCUCUUUUCCUUGCCUGCUCGGCCUUGGGCCUUGCUUUGGCCACUCCCACCCAGGAUGCCCCUGAGACCGUCAACAACCCCCUCGGCAUUGUGUACCAGGCCAAGUUGCCCGAGACCAGCAGAACCGGUAUCAGAGGAACUAUCAAUGCUACUGCUCAUAGUUCCGGCAGAGGUGUCGUGUUUAAUCUCGAUCUCUGGGGCUUCGACAACACAGAGGGUCCAUUCCGUAAGUUACAUACGUGCUUCGACCAAACAAACAAACAAACAAACAAGAUAGUUAAGCUAACAACAACAACAGCAUACCACAUCCACGUCGAUCCAGUCCCAACAGAUGGUAGCUGCGGACCAACCAAGGACCACCUUGAUCCCUUCGGUCGUGGCCAGACACCCCCAUGCGAUGACUCUCUCCCUCAGACCUGCGAGCCAGGAGACCUCAGCGGCAAGUUCGGCAGACUCACCACCUCUAGCAUGGAGGAGCACUUCAACCAGACGUUCCAUGACCUCUACACCUCUACUAGGCCUGGUCUGGGCACUUUCUUCGGAAACCGUUCCAUUGUCAUCCACCAUAGGAACAGUACGCGCCUCACCUGCGCCAACUUCACUCUCGUCGAGCAACCAGGCACCUCCACUACUUAUGUGCCUCGUCCUACUGGCACAGGUAUCAUCUCUAGCAUUUUCCCUACUGGUACUGGAGCUAUCAGCACCAGUGGUCACGCUCCUACCAUCUCUGCCACUUAUACUCCAACCCCUACUCCUUCUCCUCCAGCCCAGAAUAACGGAGCAGGACGUCUCGUUGGCUUCUCCCUUGGUGCCAUCAUGGCUGCCUUGGUCCCUUUGGCUUUGUAG